CCACAACGCGACACAGUUUUGAUUAGCGGAUUGUAAACAAACGGUGCAGCGUCGAAUUUACAGUUAGCCGCGAAUAUACAGCUGUGUAUUAAAGUCGUGUUCAAAUAUAUUUAUGUAUACGACUUGUAAUGUGUGUUUUUUCCCGCUGAAUAAGGAGCUUACAGGUGGAAAGUGUUCAAAGUUCUUCAAGCAAGAAGACAGAGCUAGCGUUGCUAACGUUGCUAAGCUAGCUGACUAGCUAAGAGCUUUGAUAGGAAAGUAACCUGCAGUGGAAUGUAGCUGAGAUUAAAAUGGGAGCAAACGGCUCCAUAUCACUAUGUAGAGACCCAGCAUCGGUGAAGGUGCUGAAACGACAGACUCGUGUGGAACCCGAGCAACAGACUCAGGACACUCAGGAUGUACUCGGUGGGUCUCCGAGGCGUCUGAGAGAUUCUGAGCAGAUACAGCACGGAGUCCCUCUGGUGCUCAAGAGCAUGGUGGAGGCUUUGGAGAAAUCUGGUAUGAAGCAGAUCGGCAUUUUCAGAGUGUGUGGCUCUGCUCCACGAUGCAGGACAUUGCGUGUGUGUCUGGACAACGGUGAGUGUGUGCAUCUAGAGAGUGAGGACGUGCCAUCAGUUGCUGCUCUGCUCAAGCAGUAUCUACGAGAACUGCCGAAUGGACUCGUACCACACACACACUGCAAGCGCAUGCAGCAGGCGCUCAUUGAGUCAAAAGGUGAAACAGAGCUGAUUGCUGCGCUGAAGGAAACUCUGCAUUGUCUCCCUGAUGAAAAUUAUAACAUCCUGUCUUACCUCCUUCACUUCCUAUCUCGAGUCGCCGCUCACAGUCAGUGGAAUCUCAUGACCUCUGAGAACUUGGCCAAAGUGUUCGGGCCGUGUCUUUUCCGCGUCCCUGAGGGCCCGAGGAUGAUGGAGGAGCAGAGCGUGUGCAACACCCUUACGCUGCACCUCCUGGAGAAACACACACAACUGAUCCCACACACACACACCAGCUAUACAACUCACUCAAAAACCUCACACAAACCUUCUCUUCUCAUUGACACAUCACAACUAGAGCAGAAGCCUAAUUCCUCAGAGCAGGUGUGUGAUGUCACUGUGAGUGUGGCUAAAGAAAUAAGUGCCCUCCCACCGGCUGCAGUAGACACACACUCUCUCUCCAGAAGCGACAGGAUCAUCUCUAAACUCGACAGGAAGGACAUGGACGAGAGGAGAGGAAGUGCGGAGAGGGGGACCGGGGCGGAGACAACAGAGAACGCAGGACAUACAAACAGUCAUCCUGAACACGAAUCAUGCCUCCUCAAGCAGGAUCAGUCCUGCCUCCCCGAGCAGAGCCUUGCUCCACAGUGCCCCACUCCAGACUGCAACACACGCUCCGAUACCAGCGACGAGACGCAUCACAGGAACAGACACCAGACAAACGAGAUCAAACACACACACAGCCAGAAGGGCACACCGCCUAAAACAAGCUACACACACAUUCUGUGUGGUGAGACACAAACUGAGACCCAGAGCUUACACUCUGAGCCUGGGAACACAUACACUGUGGCCGGAAUCUCACACAGCACACACUCUCAGAGUCCCGACACACACUCUGCCAGGCUGAAGGUGAAGGACGUCAACUCAGCAUCUAUCCACUACCUCAGCGCUUCUUCUUCUUCCUCUGUUUACAAGCCUAUCUUGAGCCAGGCUCAAGGAGUCUCCGCCUCCUGUGCAAUCUCCAGCCAAUCAAGUGUCAUUGUUAGCAAAGAGGAUGGAACAAAUUCUUCCCAUGAGAUGUCGACCUCACGGUUGCGUCAGCGCACUAAGAAGGUCAAGCGAGCAGUCAGGAGUUUUGAUGAAUCCUCCCAGAAUAUCCACAACUACAACAAGACUUCUCUCAACAAUAAAACUGCUUAUACUGAAGUGUCGAAGCUGGUGAUGGACCUCAGCCAAGCACACAAGCACCUGAACGAGCUGGCAUCAAGUCAGUGUGUGCAAGCUCCAGAAAAGCUCACUGUGUCUCUACACACACCUGUGGUGCAGGAAACCAUGCAGACGUUAACUCAGAGGCUUAAAGAGAAAAGACUAGAACUGAACCUGCCGGAACACAUACAGGACAUGUCUCACACUCAGCUUGCUGUGGAGAAGUUAACACUGCAGAAAUGUCUUCUUUACUACGAGAGUCUUCACGGCAGACCGAGUACUAAAGAGGAACGAAGUGUGAUGAAAUCACUAUAUGACCGCUACCAUCUCGUGAAGCAGGCCAUCUACAGUGCAAACAUACACACCAGUGCCAAUAUGGGCCCAGAUAUGUGUGUCCAUGUGAAUCCUGUGCCAAGAAAAGAGGACACUAAUAAUUUCAAUGCCCAGAUGGUCACAGAAGCAACAGAUUCCACAAAUGAUACACACUUGGUUAAUAGGAUGGAGCUGUUGAGGCAGCUGAAACAGACAAGGAUGGAGAAAAGGCAACUGAGAACAAUUCUCAAAGAGGAGAAUAUUCUCAGAAAAAAUGGCAGGAGAGAGGACCAUCUCACGGUGACGGAGGAAUACAAGCGCUACUGUGUUCUGAAGGACAGGCUGAGACUGCUGAAAGGGAUGCUGGGAAAAACACACAAGCUCAAUGCAGCCAGAGACAGAAUGUUGGUAUGACGUGCGGACGCCUCUCGGAUCUCGCGUACUUCCUGUCGAGCCACGUGAGCGUGAAGAGGCUGAAUCACAUGACAUGAGGAUCGUCACUGAUGCAUUUCUGUUUAUUUUUUUAGAAAAUCAACCCGCUGAUUUAGAAAAACGAUUAAUAUGUUUAAAAAAUUAAAUAAUUGUGGCAAAAAAAGUCAAA